AUGUUGCUUCUUCAGGGCCUGCUUGCAAUUUCACUUUGGUCCCGUGGAGAUGCACAGGCAGCACCACAGCAGAGCCCAAAUCUUCUUAGGAAGGUGAAGGGCAACUCUGCCAGUAUGGCCUGUAAAACAGGCAAGGAAGAUAUCCUGCACUGGUACAGGCAGCUCCCUGGAGAGCCACCAAAGAGGAUAGCCUACUUCUUGAGAAACACAUUUUUUGAUCAUGAUCAGCAUAAAACAAAAUUUCAGAUUCUGAAACAUUCAUCUGAGCCUCGUUAUCGUCUCAUGAUAAAUCAUUUAACCCCUCAAGACUCUGGCACUUACUUCUGUGCAUAUUGGCGUUCUCAUGUCAUCACAGCAUUAGACAGGCAAAGAUCAGCUGCUGACCUGACAGAAAGAAAAACAGACUUUCCCAUAGGUGGAGACAUGCAGGCAGCACCAGAGCAGACCCCGGAGUUUCUUAUGCAGGCACCAGGCAGCUCUGCCAGCCUGGCCUGUCAAAUAAGUGAGGAUGCUGUCCUGCACUGGUACAGGCAGCUUCCUGGAGAGCCACCAAAGAGGAUACUCUGCUUCUGGCGACAGAACACAGUUACUGACAACAGUAGAGAGCAAGGGAAAUUUCAAGCAAACAUGCUGCUGCUGCUGGCAGCGCUCAUGGCUACAGCCUCUUGGUCACAUGGUUUUGCACAAGAAUUUCCUGUGCAGAGCCCCAUAUCCAUUACCAAGUUCCGAAAAAGUGCACGGAUGUCGUGUGAAUUUCCCACAGCCUCAAGCUUGGAUAGCUCCGUCAUACACUGGUAUCAACAGAAGGAGGGUAAAGCUCCAGUGCGGCUGCUGUACUUUGCAGAGGGGAGAGCUUCAGUUGAAAGUGUCUUUCAAGCAGAGAGGUACAUGGUUGAAAAUGUUCCCGGACGGAGCCGGUGUGUUCUUACAAUAAGCAAUGUAGUUCCGGAUGACACUGCUACCUACUACUGUGCCUACUGGGACCCGUGGAGCAGCUGGGUCAAAUAUUUUGGCAGUGGAACCAAGCUAAUUGUUUCCAACAAACAAAUUUCAGCACCAGCAAACUCUGAAAUCCUGCAGAAGAAACAUGACAAUCAGAUAACAUAUGUUUGCCUUAUUGAGAAAUUCUACCCAGAAGUUAUUCAGGUGAAAUGGACCGAUGGAGAAAAUAAGGAGGUAACAGACAACGUGGUAAAAGGAGACACUUGGAAACUCACAAAAGAGGAUAAAUACUCAAUCAGCAGCUGGUUAACUGUGCCAGCAGAGAACAAAGACAAGAACUACUACUGCAAAUAUGAGCAUGAAAGCCAGCAGCGUUCACUGCCAGCAAAAGGUCAUUUCACUGCAGACCAUUCAAGCAAGCAUGGUGCUUUGAAGGACAACGUCUGCAACUGGGAUGGACAGAAACUCACUCCCAGCUGUAUUUCUCACCAGGCCUCUUGCAUUCGAGAAAAUCCAGAGCUAGAAUCUUGCUGUUGGUGUGGAGGCUCCCUGGUCGUGCAGGGCUGCAGGCUUGCAAGAGAAGCAGCUGUCAUCACACAGGGGAAGUGGAGGAGGAGCAUUGGACAAACAGUGGCACGGGUGACCAAAGACUCUUACUCGUAG